UAUAAUUUGUUUUAUAUCUUUAUAAUUAUAAUUAAUUUAAUUAUAAUAGAUCUAUAAUUAACAUAUAAUAAUAAUAUUAGUAUAUACUUACAUAUAUUUAAGUUGCAUAUGUUGCAUGUUAAUGGUUACAUGAUUAAUUUAUUAAUAAAAUAUAUUAAAUUUUCUUACAGUUAACCAAAAUGGUGUGGAAAUGUUGCGUGCCGGGAUGCACAUCAUCAGCAAGAGUCCCGAGUCAUAAGCUUCCCACCCAACAUAUUAAAAUGCAAGCUUGGUUAAAAACAAUCGGAUUAGACAACUUGAUAAAUGCACCGAAAGAUGUCACAGCUAAAUUAAGAAUUUGCGCUUUACAUUUCCCCGAAGAGAUGAUAAAACCAUAUGGGCAGAAGCGAUGUCUCAAAGACAAUGCAAUGCCAAUAUUGUUUUUAAAUUCAAAUAUUGUAGCAGAUGGUGCCAAUAUUAGUUUUACUGAUAAUGGUACUAUUGCUACAUUGCAACCUUCGGAUGAUGUUGAAGGCAAUUCUGAUUUUGUGCCAGUAGCAUCAACGUCAACAGCCGAAGAAGUACAGCUUACUGAUAAAAUAAAAUACAUGAACAUCACUAAAGACAUUGUUCCAAGAAGAAUCACCCAGCUUCAAGCCAAAGUACGACGCUAUAGAAAACUGCUGUCCAAAAGAAACAAAACCAUUUCCAAAUAUAAAGAAAAGGAAAAGGAUAUACGUCGUCGCAGAACUUGGGAAGAUGUUAAUGCGAAUUUGUCCGGCGUUCAAAAAACAUUCUUUGAGAUGAUUUCUCGUAAUUUUUCUCAUGCACCAGAGGUAUGCUCAUUAAUUAAUAAAAAGUUAUUCCUGGGAAAAAUUUUUUUAUUUAUAUGAUCAU